AUGAGUUUUCAAGAUAUAAGAACAGUAGGAGGAACAAUUUAUGCUACGUAUAGAGAUGCAUGCUUCGCCCUUGGAUUCUUGCAAGAUGACAAAGAAUUCAUUGAUGCAAUUAAGGAAGCAAGCUCAUGGGCCUCAGGAUCAUAUGUUAGGAGGUUAUUUGUCAUUCUAUUAACAUCCAACAAUAUCUCAAGACCAGAACAUGUCUGGGAUAGAUGUUGGCAUGAACUCUCAGAUGAUAUUUUGUAUCGACAGAGAACUGUGAUGAACAUGAGCGAGUUAACAAUGUCAGAUGAUGAGAUUAAGCAGUUGUGCUUAAUGGAUAUAGACAAGAUCUUACAUUCCUAUGGUAAAACCUUGAAAGACUAUCCUCCUAUGCCUUUAGCAACUGAAGUUGAUAAUUCUUUGUUAACCGAAAGGGUUAUAAGGGAAGAGCUAAACUUUAACAGGGAUGAUUUAAAGAAAAAUGCCUCAGACAUGUUAGCCAUCACAACAAUUGAGCAGAGAUAUGCAUUCGAUAAAAUUGUUACAUCUGUGUAUUGUGAUGAAGGGGGUUUUUUCUUUGUGUAUGGUCAUGGAGGUACUGGAAAAAUAUUUCUCUGGAACCUUAUGUCUGCUGAGAUUCGCUCAAGGGGUGAUAUAGUGUUAAACGUUGCUUCGAGUGGUAUUACGUCUUUACUUCUUCCCAAUGGAAGAACGACACACUCAAGGUUCAAAAUACCGCUGAAUAUAACUGAGGAUUCUGUAUGUAACAUCAAACCUGGUUCUCCUCAAGCAAUGUUGCUGUUGAAAGCCAGACUUAUAAUUUGGGAUGAGGCUCCAAUGGUUAGUAGGUACUGCUAUGAAGCACUUGAUAAAUGCUUGGGUGAUAUCAUGAGGUGUUCUCCAACAUAUAGAAAAGAUUUGCCCUUUGGAGGAAAAGUGGUUGUACUAGGUGGAGACUUUAGACAAAUUUCUGUCAUUCCACGAGGAUCGAGACAAGAUAUCAUUCAUUCAACCGUGAAUUUGUCUUACCUUUGGAAGUUUUGUCAGGUGCUCAAACUAACAAAAAACAUGAGACUCUCUGUAGGGACGACUGCUUCAGAUCAAGAUGAGACAGAGCAAUUUGAUGAGUGGUUAUUGAAAGUUGGUGAUGGUCUAAUAGGUGACAAUAUGGAUGUUGAAUCUGAGAUAUGUCUUCCAGGAGAUAUUGUUAUUCCUUCUUUGGACCAUGUAUUUGAUGAGUUAGUUCAUUUUUCUUAUCCAAAUAUUUUGGAAAACAUGUCCUCAAAGGAUUUUUUCAAAGCAAGAACUAUACUGGCUCCCACACUAGACAUCGUUGAAGAGGUCAACAACCAUCUGAUGGCUAUCGUUCCUGGAGGGAAAAAAGUAUAUCUUAGUUCGGAUUCUGUAACGACCCAACUUCCAGUUAGUGUUCUGGUGAUGUUACUGAGGAAUAUUGACCAAUCCAGUGGUCUUUGUAAUGGUACAAGGCUACAAGUUAGGAAGCUUGAAAAUCAUGUCAUAGAAUGUGAAGUCUUAACGAGUAACAAUGUUGGUCAUAUUGCUUUGAUUCCAAGAAUGAAUAUGGUACCAACAAAUGAAACCGUCCCAGUUAGAUUCUAA